UCCUUUAAUGAUCUCUCAGUUUGACGACCAUAACCGUGAUAAUCUUGUUUACCGUCAUGCCACAAAACUGUGAGUGCGUUGGUAAUGCAUCUGGCUACGACUGAAAUGACGCAGUUGUGUGGUUUGGAAUAUGGUUGUUGUGGCCUAAUGGUAAUGAUAUGGAAUACUUCAAAUCAAAUCAAAAUACUGACCCGCAUAUUAUGUAGUCGUAGGGAACUCCUUGUUAGCCUCGUCAGUCACCACAUGGAUCAGACAGAUGAUAAACGCGAUGAACUUACCAACGUGACAUACAGGUUGAAUCGGCGGUUACUCCUUCGAGAGAAUCGGAAGUCUUCAAGAGGUGAUGCCCAGAGUCGCGGUGGUGGCUUGAAUGCAAUUGGUUUCGCAGCUGGAGAUAUGCAAUCACACAGACACUCGCUGGAAAACUUGAAGAACCGAGACGUUCAAGUUCAAGUGUUCCAAGAAACAGCGCGCCCAAUCAAUCAGGAACAAAACCGGGUUUCGAAGCCUGCAGUAGUUCAUAUAAGAGCAUCUGUUUCAACAGAUGGUGAAAGCAAUUGUUAAUUAUGAAACGAGUGUACGACGAGAUGGUGUAUCAGUAGGAUCCUUUAGGCAUGAAAAAUCGAACUGAGGACCUUCACAGC